AUGUGGUUCGCUAGAUAUUGGUUUGGCCGCCUCAAGACUUACCACGCUACUCGACAAGCCACCGAUUCUGUAUUCAAAAUCUUUUUUUAUAUGGGCCUACAGGAGCCACAGAAAUGGAAACCACUCUAUUGUAUCUAUUCAAUGCUAAUGCGUCUAAGUGUUUGUGUGUUUGUGCCCAUAUCCUUCUGUUUGAGUUACUUUUUCGAACACAGCAAAAUGUCUGUGAUACAAUUAUUGACCUCACUUCAAGUGGCCAUAAACGUUAUUGAUUUACCAGCGAAAAUUCUAGCAAUUUCAGUGUCAUUUAAACGUUUACGCCUAGCCAUGGAUGUUAUGGACAAAUUAGAUGAACGCUGUCAACGUUCAGAUGAAAAGGAAAAGCUAAGUCAUUGUGCUACGAUUGGUAAUCGUUUAGCCAUAUUUUACAUAACCGUCUAUUACUUGUAUGCAGCGGUUACUAUGUAGACAUCGGUAAUUAUGGGACAACCUCCUUAUUCUUUGUAUAUGCCAAAAAUGGAUUGGCGUAAUUCUAUGUUGACAUUUGCUAUUCAAUCAUUCCUUGAAUAUAUGAUAAUGAAUAUAGUGUGUCUGCAUCAAGCUGGUAUAGAUGUUUAUACUGUUAUUUAUAUAUAUGUUAUACGCACUCAUAUGCAGAUACUGUUAGAACGUGUCAACAGAUUGGGUACCGAUAAGAAAACCACCAAUGAUACAGACUAUGAAGAUUUGGUAAUGUGUAUUAAGGAUCAUCAGGAACUGUUAAGAUUAGUUGCAAUUAUCAGUCCAGUCAUAUCGAAAACCAUUUUUACACAAUUUAUGAUUACCGCCGCCAUUUUAGGCACCACUUUAAUAAAUAUCUUUAUAUUUGCCGACUUUUCUACACAAAUUGCUAGUGUAGUUUAUUUUCUAGCGGUACUGGUGCAAACAUCGCCCUGCUGCUAUCAGGCCACUUGUCUUCAACAUGACAGUGGGCAGUUAUCGCUGGCCAUUUUCCAUUGUGAAUGGUUCGAUAAGGAUAUACGUUUUCGUAAAAUGAUGAUAUAUUUUAUGAUGCGUUCCCAGACUCCUAUAACGUUGACGGCUAUGAAAUUAUUCCCAAUAACUUUGAGAACCAGCUUGGGGAUAGCAAAAUUUUCAUUUUCAUUAUAUACAUUGAUCAAGGAAAUGGAUUUUGGUCAGAAUUUUAAGCAGUAA